AUGGAUGUAAUACAAGGUGUUCCAAGAGUGAUGAGCUGCGAUAAGAAGACUAAAAGCAAGAGGAAUGUUAAAAGUUCACUCAAAGUUGUGUAUAUUUCUAGCCCAAUGAAGGUGAAGACUAGCGCGAUGAGAUUCCGGUCCCUUGUUCAAGAACUCACGGGGAGACACUCCGAUGUGUCCCGGUUUAUGGAGUCUGAUGGUUGUAAUGGUUUUCAUGAGUUUGAUGAUCAAUCUGGUGGAAGUUUACUGCCAAAAACUUUGAUUGAUGACUCGACUCAAAACGAAUCACCAACGAGUUCAGAUUCGACCCCUUUGGAGCCUAUGGACAAUCACAGUGUAUUCAGCUCUCAGAUGGAAAAACAAUUUGAAGCGAUUUUUUCGUCCGAUUUGUUUUUUGACUCUUCUGAGUUGGAUGUUUUAGGAAGUUAUGAGGAUUUGUGA